UUUAGUCGGUUUGUGUUAUGGAUGGAAGCGUACAAUACUAACAGUGACCCCAAAGUAAUAGCAGCCUACUAUAUUUCCACUGUAACAGGCAUUGGGGGUUGUCCCGAGCGGUUGCGUGCCGACCCUGGGACGGAAAAUGGACAUGUCAAAGACAUGCAAGUUUUCCUGCGGAGAAACCACACAGACGGCUAUGCAGGCGAGAAAAGUUUCAUGUAUGGAUGCAGCACGGCAAAUCAGCGCAUAGAAGCAUGGUGGGGUAUCUUGCGUAAACAAAGUGGACAGCUUUGGAUGGACAUCUUUCAGACCCUCAGAGACGACGGGCAUUUCUCUGGUGAUUUCUUGGACAAAAAUCUAAUACAGUUCUGCUUUCUUAACCUUAUCCAGGAUGAAUUAGAUGAAGUUGUGAGAACAUGGAACACCCACCAAAUAAGACCAAGACCAGGCCAGGGAAUGCACGGACUACGGCCUGCUUUGAUGUUUUCUAUGCCAGAAAUUUAUGGUGCAGGGGAGGACAAACUCAAAUGUGUUGACCCUGAGGAAGUGGCGGUUUGCAAAGAGGAGAGCACCCCAAAAGGGCCAUACCCCUGUGACAAGACUGUGUUUGAGCUCUGCACACUUCUUAUGGAAGAAAAAGGAUUAACUGCUCCUACAGACCCAUACCAUGCAGCUGAAGUGUACAUUCUGUUAAGAAAUGAGAUACUAGAAAAUAUCUAGAAAGAAAAACUUUUAAUGUUUUAAACUUGAGCUCUGAUCUUAAGACUCAGACUGUUUCAGAAAAUGUGUUAUGCUAAUGUACCUGCAUUGUAAUAUGUUUUAAACAUAAAAGUACAGUAUACCAGUAAUCAACAUUAAUAAACAUUAACUGGUAGUGAACCAGUAGAGGUAAUACAUGCAAAAUGUUUAACAAAAAUGCACAUUUAAGAUUUAACCUCUACCAACAAAAAAAUCAGACAUCUAUAAACAGUAAAUAUAUGCAAACCUCACAGUGACUGCAUGAAGCAUUUUAGAAAGCUGCUGAUAACUCAUGUAUCUUUUUUUGAAGUGUUAUUCUCUAAACAGAGAAAGUUUACUUUCUACCUUAACAUUUUACAACAUUCAAUUGGAGUAUAUGAAUACUAAUUAAUAAGUAAACAAACACAAUGUUAACAGAUGUGCAAGGCCCCGAACAGUGUAUGUUUUCUGCAUUGCACAACUUAAAUAAAAACCUGUUUUUCUUCAGAAUUCAACAUUGAAUGAGCAUAUAAAUUUGCAUCAAACAUAAGAUAAGCACAACAUAUCCAACGUAUUCGCACAGUUACCACGUGC